AUGCCCGGCAAGAUCAUACCCGUGACAUCGUCUUCGCAUUUCUCCCAGCUCCUCUCGCAGUCCACGUACACUGUCGUCGACUUCUACGCCGACUGGUGCGGACCAUGCAAGGCGAUAGCGCCAGUCUUCCAGGGCUUGGCAGAGAAGGAGACCAAGCCAGGGAAGAUGCAGUUUGUCAAGGUGGACGUGGAUAGUCAACAGGAGGUUGCGAAGAAGUACGGCGUUAGCGCCAUGCCGACCUUCCUCAUUAUAAAAUCCUCAUCCGUUAUAGAGACCAUCCGUGGCGCCAACCCGGCCGCCCUCACAGCCGCCGUUCGCAAAGCUGCCAACGAUACAUCUGGCCCGGGAGCCGCUGCCGCUGUAUUCCAGACCAAAGGGCGUACGCUUGGCUCGGCUUCUGAACCUAGCCGACCGGUAGGCGAGAGCCCGUUCGCCAAUCUACAAAGGAUGCUGCUCGGCAACGGCGGACUGAGCGACUUAGUCGUGAGGUUUGCAGCGCUGUAUUUUAUUAGCUUGUUCGCGUUUGAUUCGUACAAAGCUGCGGAAGAGAGUCCAUUCAAUGUUCGUGCGAGGCGGUAG